AUGGUCCAGUGCGAUCAUUGCGAUGCGUGGAGCCAUUAUACGUGUGCUGGAGUUGAUGAGGACAUCGCCAACCAUUCUUGGGUAUGCGGCCACUGUACCGGCCGGCAAAACGACGAAGCUAUCACAACACAUAGCACAUCCAGUCGCUGCAGUUCGUCGUCGGUGUUGUCCGUCUGUUUGAGUCAGCUGGUGGAACGACAGCAACUCGAGCGCUCCCGUAUGGAAAUAAAGCUACAGCGCCAUCAUUUGGAUGAGCAGCAGAAGCUGAUCGAUAGGGCGCUCGACGGAGCCGAUGCAAAAAGUAACCGCGGUGGUGGAUUAUCCGGCGAAGCGGUCAAUAUUUUGACUUCUCCCUCAUCCAGCAAGCGGCUCACAACGCCACCCCCUCCUAGUGCACCUCUAGUACCGAUUUCCCGUCGAUCGAUGCUGCCGACUGAUACGCCGCGGACUACCUCGCCGUAUAUGGUUUCGAUACCUCUUUCGGCGCUCGAACCGAGUGUUGUUGAAGUUCUGAAGCACAAGAAGGAUCCUCAUGUGGCCCUGAAGGAGCUCAAGAAAAGGGUUGAGCAGUGCGAACAGCGCGCCAACCCAACACCUGAUCAACUCGCUGAGCUCCAAACUCAAUUGGAAAUGUGUCGUAAGCUUCUGGAAGGUUUCCAGGCCGGUAACCAAUCCAUCGAAUCAAGUCAACGAGCGGUACAAAGUCAGUCAGAACCGGCGGCGGGAACAUCGCGUAGGCAGAACGCGACCGGAACUAUCCCGAAAGUGCGUCAGACAUUGCCGACGAUUUCGGACGAAUCCGGAGCAGUCGGAGGAGUCAUCCAGCCGGAUCAAAUCUGGCCACUCAAGGUACCGGUAAAUCAAACGGGCUCUUCUGUGGUAAGUCAACCGAAUAUUUCUCUGCACCCAAAAGGGACGGAACCUCCAGGUAAGCGUCAAGCCUUGAGUAAAUUUAUUGAAAAUCCAAACCGAUAUGCCUUUAACUAUUGCCCCACGACCAAUAUUACAACUUCCCGAGAGCAGCUGCGAAGUUUCGCGCGCCCGGAAGAGAACCAUAUUCCUUCAAUCUUCCACCGAGAGCAGCUGCGAGAAUCACUCGCGCACUCUCGUAACGACAGUUCGUCCAGUUUUGUACGCGAACUAAAUUCAACCAGUUUGCAAUCAAGAAGCCCUCCCUCUCGCGUGGUUGAAUCGUCUCAGACCCCUCGUCAGUCAGAACGUGCUCCACAUGAUCAAGUGAUUCCCAACUGCGAAAUAGUACGUCCCACGCAACAGCAGCUAGCAGCAAGGCAGUCCCUGGCUAAGGAGCUUCCCAGAUUCUCCGGCGACCCCGCCGAUUGGCCGAUCUUCAUCUCCAGCUACCGUUACACAUCCGAAGCUUGUGGAUUCACGGAAGGAGAGAACAUGUUACGCUUACAGCGGUGCUUAUCGGGGGCUGCGCUCGAAACAGUACGCAGUCGAUUGGUGCUACCAGCAGCAGUACCACAGGUGAUCGAGACCCUCCGAAUGCGAUUCGGACGACCGGAGUUACUGAUCAAUGCCUUACUCCGGAAGGUGCGGGAACUUCCGGCCCCAAGGUCGGACAAACUCGAAGGGCUUAUCGACUUCGGCAUGGCAGUGCAAGCGUUGUGCGACCAUAUUGAGGCCGCAAACGAACGCGCUCAUCUCUCGAACCCAGCGCUACUCCAGGAGCUAGUGGCAAAGCUUCCCGCGGACCAACGGAUGAGGUGGGCAGGUUACAAACGGGGAUUUCAGCAUGUGGAUCUUAAGACCUUCGGCGAUUAUAUGGCGGCGGUGGUGCAAGACGCGACAAGUGUGGUGACUUUUGAACCGGAAACGAAUCGUAGCGGUGCCCGUGACCGUCCGAAGAACAAGGGAUUCGUGAAUUCGCACGCAACUGAAACCUCGGAUGAAUCAGGAAAAUCAUCGUAUAAGCCGAAAGAGACGCCGAAGGAAGCGCCGAAACAGCCCGACUGCGCUCAUUGCAAAAGAGGUGGCCACCGAGUUCGUGAUUGUUACGCGUUUAAAGAGCUACACGUCGACGAUCGCUGGAAGCGAGUACGCUCGCUCGGUCUAUGCCAGAAUUGUUUAUUCGACCACGGGCGACGUGGGUGCCGAGUACGGAAAACCUGUGACAUCGACGGAUGCCAAUAUCGCCACCAUCCGCUUCUACAUUCUUCCAAAGGUCCUCAAAGGUCUUCGGAAAAUGCGGUUCAGAUGGCAGAGAAUCACACCCACCGCCAACCAAGUUCUGAAACUCUUUUCCGGAUUAUUCCGGUGACUCUGCACGGGACUAACGCUUCAAUCGACACGUUCGCAUUCCUCGACGAAGGUUCAGAUCUGACUCUGGUGGAGAGCGAUCUGGUGACCUCGCUAGGUGUAAAGGGUACGCCACUGCCACUAUGCCUCCGGUGGACCGGAAACACCUCACGUGUUGAGAAGAGCUCUCAGCAGAUAACGAUCGAGAUUACGGGAUUCGGACUAGAGAAACGACACAAGCUGCUCAAUGCAAGAACCGUUGACAAUCUGGGACUACCCGCUCAAAGUUUCCAAGUGGAGGAAGCCGUGGAACAGCACAGACACCUGAAGGGGAUCCCGAUAAGUAGUUACCAGAAUGCAGUGCCAAAGAUUCUAAUCGGGGUGGACAACUUGCGGCUAGCAUUGCCGCUGAAAGUACGAGAAGGCGGCGGAACAGCACCAGUGGCAGUGAAGACCAGACUGGGGUGGUGCGUAUACGGUCCUCGAGGGAGCAGUAAGCAAGAUUCCUACAGCUUCCACAUGUGUAAAUGUUCCUGCGAUGAGGAACUUCACGAAGCGGUGAAGACAUUCUACGUUGUUGAAGAAUCGGGUACAAAGCCAGCGAAGUCGUCAAUUUCGAAGGAAGAUGUGCGAGCGCUUGCCAUCAUGGAAGCUACAACCCUACUAGUGGAGAACCGGUUUGAGACCGGGCUGAUUUGGCGAGAGGAUCAAGUAGAAUUUCCGGACAGCUACUACAUGGCGGUACGUCGUCUGGAGUGCCUUGAACGCAGGAUGGAGCGCGACCCAGCGCUGAAGGAAAAUCUCCACCGGCAAAUCGGUGAAUAUGAAAUGAAAGGUUAUGCGCACAAGAUAACAAUGGCGGAGAUGGAAGCAGCAGAUUCCAAGAGAGUUUGGUACCUCCCAGUUGGAGCAGUGAUGAACCCCAAAAAACCGGGGAAAGUUCGAGUCAUCUGGGAUGCGGCGGCCAAAGUCAAUGGCGUAUCGUUGAACAGUAAGCUCCUCAAAGGCCCGGAUCAACUCACGUCCCUCCCAGCCAUUCUCUUCCGUUUUAGAUUGUAUGGGGUGGCCGUUACUUCAGACAUUCAGGAAAUGUUCCAUCAAAUCCGAAUCCGAGCUGAAGACAGGGACUCUCAGCGUUUCCUAUGGCGCGCCAAGCCAACCGAGGAGCCGACGAUCUACGUGAUGGAUGUAGCCACGUUUGGCAGCACUUGUUCUCCAGCUUCGGCGCAAUUCGUCAAAAACCGGAAUGCGGAGUUACACAGAGAGCUCUACCCAGAGGCAGCGAAAGCGAUUAUCGACGACCACUACGUCGACGAUUACUUGGCAAGUUUUGGCGCAUGGGAAGAGGCAGCAAAGGUGGCGUACGACGUACGAUUGGUGCACGGUAACGGCGGUUUCAAGCUGCACAACUGGCGGUCGAACAGUGGCGCGGUCCUGGAAAUGCUGGAUGAGGUACAGGUUGAAUCGGACAAACAGAUAAAUUUAACCGACGGUGUGAAAACCGAAAGAGUUCUUGGAAUGCUUUGGAGUCCGUCGAACGACGAGUUGAGCUUCUCCACACAGAUGAGCGAAGAAGUCCAAACAUUGAUCCGAACAGCCACGAGACCGACAAAGAGGCAAGUGUUGCGGUGCGUAAUGACCCUGUUUGACCCGCUAGGGUUGCUCUCGCCAUUCACCAUACACGGAAAGGUUUUGAUUCAAGACUUGUGGCGAGCAGGCACUGCGUGGGACGAGCAAGUCAGCGAGGACGUCUACGCAAAGUGGCACCGAUGGGUGCAGAUGAUAGGUUACAUUGCAGAGAUACGGAUUCCGCGGUGUUACUUCUGCAACGCCGAUCAGAACACGUACCACGAUUCAGAGCUCCAUGUUUUCGUCGACGCAAGCGAGAUAGCGUAUUCUUGUGCGAUUUAUCUACGUACACUGGAAAAGGGUGGGGAUUCGCAGUGUUGCUUGAUCGCUGCGAAAUCAAAGGUCGCCCCACUGAAGCCUUGGUCAAUUCCUCGACUCGAGUUGCAAGGCUGUGUUCUGGGUGUACGAUGGUCGACGUUCGUCAAAGCAGAGCACAACAUUCCCGUAUCCAAGACGGUGUUUUGGACAGAUUCCAGAACGGCAUUGGGCUGGAUCAAGUCCGACCCUAGGAAUUAUCGACAGUUCGUCGCAUUCAGAGUAGGAGAGAUUCUGGAACAUACGACCUCGAGUGAGUGGCGGUGGGUACCGUCGAAGGCCAAUCCAGCGGACGAAGCUACCAAGUGGGGUAGCGGGCCAUACUUCGACCGCAAUAGUAAAUGGUUCCAGGGACCCAAUUUUCUGCGACUCCGAUCCGGAUCCGAGGGAUCCAGUGUCCGCUACCAGUGA